GGGAACGACUUCUGUGAUCUGACUUUUUCCUUUGAUUCUAGUGCCUUGAGCUCUUUCUUAGGAGCAACAGGAGGUGGAGGUGGAGGCUCAAGCUCAUCGUCUUCGUAUCUCAAUAUCACCAAUGGGUCUUGCACGACGACUUUCAUUCCGGCUCCUGGAUACAACAAGAGUAAUACGCUUGGGACAUCGACGGGUGGCACGACCACUUCUGGGACUACUAAUUCGAACUUCAGCAAUGCUACUGGUAAGCGGAAUCGCCGUAACCCGAAUCCGCAGAAGAAGAAACCUCUGG